GAUUCUACCGUCAUAAGUAUUUAUGUUUCGAAUACCCGAAUUUAAAAAUUUCCAACUGUCAUGUUGGCACCACUUUGGAAGAAAUGCAUCGGAAAAUAAAUGAUAUACAAUACACCAAAAUGCAUAGAAAAAAAAAUGUGUGUGAUGUAAUCAUACAAUCCCCAUUGUUUUUUCCCUACUAUAAAGAAUUUAUAUUCAAAGUGAAACAAAAACACAACCGCUUCUUUAACAUGGAGAUGUUUGUAUUUCGCCCGUACUAAACAAUACUGGCGAAGUAUAUUCGACUUCGAAUGACAUGUCAUAUAUUUAUGUUGGUAACACUGGUUUAGUUUUAAACAGAAGUCAACCGAUUUUUCUUCCAACAAACACAAACGAACGAACCAAAUAAAAUAAAGCAUAUUUCUAAGGUCGAUCACAAAUAUUUUAAUUUAUUCAAAAAUGUCAAGUAAAGAAGCGGAGUUCAUUUCACAAUGGAACGGAUUGUUGGAUUUUAAAAUUGACGAAAGCAGUGUGCGACGGCCAAAUUUCCAGUUCUUCUAUAGUGCACUUGAGUCACUUUUGCGUAGUUUGAAUAUCAACAUUGAAUCUGCUCGAAUUGAAGCAAUGAACAACCAUGAUUCAGAACGUUUAUAUUUCAUUACAUUUUGUGGGUUCGUUCAACGCUUAUACCAGUUGUCUGAUGAGGCACAUAACUUUUACUACUUAGAUUUGAUUAAUCCAAAUCCGAAAAAGAGUUCCCACGUAUUGAAAAUGUUGUUCAACUACGUGAAAUACUAUAAAAUGGUGAAAGAAACAGUAUAUGAGAAGGCACACGAUGCUUUGAGUUCAUAUAACGAGGCAUUGGCAACGAAUAACGCACUUCAAGUCAAGAAUGAAACGGCAAAAAAACGCGCAGCGAAUAUGGAACUUCAAUUGGGCGAGUAUGAGAAAAAGUUACCACAACUACAGGAACGAGUGAACAAUUGUCUAGCCGAUCUACAGAUGCUGGAUAAGGAGAUCACACAGAAGAAUGCAGACAACAAGAAUUUUGAUUCAACAAUCAUAAAAGUUGAAAUCAAACAAACUGAACUAAGUGAAACCGUCGUUAGUGAGGAGGAGUAUAAAACACGGCUAAAUGCGAUUGAGGCUCUGAAGCAAGAGUUGAAUGAAUUGCGUGAGGUUGCCGAACAUGUUCGAACAUCGAACGUUGUAUCUAGUGCCAAAAUUAAAGAACUCACGCUAACAUUAGAAAUUGUUAACAAGGCAUUGAAAGUACACCAAAUAGCUCAUUACGAUGAGUUCAUAUCGGUUAAUUCGAACCUCGAUUUGACCAUGAAGGAAAUUAAGCAAGAAGAACAGCGUAUCAAAGAGUUGAAAAUCAAUCUGAAAGCUUUAAUGGAAAAUACGGAUGAGAUUUUGUCAAAAACCAAACAAAUUGAGGCACAUACCGAUAAAAUUCAAGUCGAUUCCAACGCUAUAAGUGAUGAAUUAGUCAGGACAGUAUCCUAUCACGAAAAGAAUAUCGAGGUGGCCAACAGCGAACUGUCAGAAGCCAGAUUAGGAAUCGAAGAAUUGGAACGACAACAGCACUUCAUUCUGAAUUCAAUUUCAACAAUUCUUCGAACAUUGACAUUACCGUCCAAUCAUCCGGGGAAAAGCAUAUAAAAUCUGAUAAUGUAUUUUUCUAAUUUCGUGUUCAAAUCAUUGGAAAAUGUAUUCAAAUUUCAUGGAAAUAAACAGAACUCUUGAGGUUGCGAUUACUGUAUUCAAAUUAAAA